CUUGGUGAAACGCUUUGUGUCUUCUAAAGCAUCACUUCCAGUGUGUUUCUCAACCACUUGAGUUGAGAAACAGGGUUGAUGUGGCACAUGAGCGAACGCCGGUUUGGCGGUAGCGCCUCCAACAAGAUGAAGAUAAUUGUUUGGUCGUUUUCUAACAAUGGCUUCCAGAUUGCACUUUGAUGUCAAGAUGGGGACUGUAGAGCUGUCAUUGUUUCUUUGCCUUCUGAUUUUCCUUGGUAUAUUUCGUCUGUUUUUGCUUGGGCUGUUGUUUGUCUCUUUUUAUGUCUUGGUUGAGAAUCAACGCCAUAAAGUGAAAGCCUUCUACGAGAAGAUGGAGCCGAAGGCAGUAGAACUGCUAGAUGUUCUAAGGAACAUGAACUUGGCGAUUGAUGCCAAGGUCAGUCUCCUUAAUUCGAUGAAAUCCGACAUAAAGCAGAAAAAUGUCCCGGGAAGCGAUUGCACCGAUCUGGAAACAUUUAGCGCCCCGCGCUGAACAAACGCAAGUACGGGCCCUGGACAUUGAAAGUGAAGAGAAUAAUCAAAAAACGCCUUCCAACAAUGCUGUCUUCUAAACUUCAUUCGACGUGGCAAUGGGAAGCACCUGCAUAGCUAGCAUGUAAGAUGGCUGAG